UUUCUUCUAACUUUUCAUUAUUAGGUUUCUCUCUUAUGUAUUCCUAUAAAUAUCCCUGCAAUUCCCAACCGAGAAGUAACAAAAAUUGAGAUUGUUUUUCUGUAAAAAAAACUGUGGCAUUCUGACUUGACACAUCAUAGCCAUGGCAGCAGCUUCCUACAGCCCCAUCAUGCUUGCGCUGUCUCUGCUUCUGUUGGUGUCAUUCUGGAAUGUAGCUGAGGCUUAUACGCGCAGCGGAACACUUCGGCCUUCAGAUUGUAAACCGAAAUGCACAUACCGUUGCUCAGCAACUUCACACAAGAAGCCAUGCAUGUUUUUCUGCCAAAAGUGUUGUGCCAAAUGCCUAUGCGUUCCUCCUGGUACUUACGGCAACAAGCAACUCUGUCCUUGCUACAACACCUGGAAGACCAAGGAAGGACGACCCAAAUGCCCUUAAACCCAUCAAACUUCUUUCGCAAGUUAUGAUUUUAUUUUCAUGUACCAAAUGGAAUAUUUGAUUUAAUGUUCAGAGUAUUAUCCCUUCUUUUAUUUAAAUUCUAUAUUCUGAUUGACUUAAGUAUUAAGAGGGUACUUACUUUCGGACAUCUUAGUUUGGUCUCCAUUCUUAAUAAAGUGUCAAUUACAUGUUCUAAUUUAAA